UUCCCGUGCCUCGCUGUCUUCCGUCCGUCGCGCGCAUUCAUAGGCCUCUUUACGACUCGGCUGGCAAAGAUGGCGGAUGCACAAACCGAGAGGGCUUAUCAGAAACAGCCCACGAUCUUCCAGAACAAGAAGCGUGUUCUUGUCGCAGAUGGUGGCAAGGAAGUCAAGGAAAAGCUCCCCCGCUACCACAAGAGUGUCGGGUUGGGCUUCAAAACCCCAAGAGAGGCUAUUGAAGGCACUUACAUUGACAAGAAAUGCCCCUUCACCGGAAAUGUCUCCAUCCGUGGCCGUAUCCUCUCUGGUGUGGUGACCAAAAUGAAGAUGCAGAGGACCAUCGUUAUCAGACGUGACUACCUGCAUUACAUCCGCAAGUACAACCGCUUUGAGAAAAGGCACAAGAACAUCUCUGUCCAUCUCUCACCUUGCUUCAGAGACGUCACAGUUGGAGACAUUGUGACUGUUGGGGAGUGCCGACCGCUCAGCAAGACCGUGAGGUUCAACGUCCUCAAAGUAACAAAGGCUGCUGGAGCCAAGAAGCAGUUCCAGAAGUUUUAGUUGAACAAGAAGGCUGCUGUUGGCUAACUUGUCUCACUGUCAAAUAAAGAAAAUCUUGUUUAAUUUGCCUUUUCUGCUAUUUGUCUUGUCAUCCUCUUUGGACCUGGAACUAAACAAUACAUGACAUAAUCAGCUCA